AUGUCUGAACUUGAAGAGAAGGAAAAGCAUCGUGGUCAUCAAAAACCUGUUCCCCAUGACAGUUCACAUCAUCCGUUACACCAUCAUGGCUUAAAAGGGUUGUUUAAAAGAGAUUCAAAUCAAGUUGACAAUAAAAGGGACAUAUCACCAACUUUAUCUCAUAACGGAUUAUCAAAAAUCUUUCAUCAUCAUGAAAAUAAAGCAGAUUCAAACGCCUCUCCAGGGAAGUUAUCAAAGACACCAAGUAUGGCAUCGUUGAAACGGAACAAUUCAAGCUCAUCAGGAACAAAGAGUGAGAAGGCUGUUUUGAAUAAGGCACAAACAUUUGCACACAUUCAAUCUUUGAAUAAUAAGAAUGCCGCAAGGAAUCACAAUGCAGCUUUCCGUAAUGAUAAUCCGACACACCAAGAGAAGAUCAAAUAUAACCCGUUUGGCUUAAAUAAGUCACCAUCGCAGGAGAUGCCCAAAAAUAGUAGUUUCUACUUGUCUGGCAGCAUUGAUGGCCAAAGAAUCUUGGGCAAUCCUGUGGCUGACCCGAAUGACUAUCUUCCUGAUGAUUUAAAGCAAGAGGAUGUUAACUUAAACCAGUGCUUCGAGAUUGAAUCUACUUCGAAAAAGAUUGGAUUUGGUGGUUCGUCUGAUGUCAGAAUAGUUAAUGACAUACAUAAUAAAAAAAGAAUUUUUGCUAUCAAAAGAUUUACCUUACUAACUAAGGAAACUGACGAGGACUUGUACCAGAGAGCUAGCAAAGAGUUCAUUAUUGCUCGUAGAAUGUCUGAAAGCAGGCAUGUUGUCGAGACUAUUGCACUUCUAAGAAUACAAUCUCAAGGUGAUAUAACGAGAGGAUGGGGUAUUAUAUUAGAGUAUUGUACUGGAGGAGAUUUAUUCAAUAUGAUUGUAAAACCUGGAUGGAAAAAAACUGGCUUAAAUGAAAGAUAUUGCUUAUUUAAACAAGUUGCUUAUGGACUCAAGUUUUUGCACGAUGCUGGAAUAGUUCAUAGAGACAUGAAACCUGAAAACGUGUUGAUCGAUCAAAAUGGAAUUGCAAAGUUGUGUGAUUUUGGUGUUAGUGAUUAUGGAAAUGAAGUCCCUGGGGAUUUAACAUCACCAGUGAGGCUGUCCACUGCAUAUGUUGGCUCACCUCCUUAUUCGCCUCCCGAAGUUAUGAAAUUAAAGGAAUUGAGUGGUUCAGAAGCUAAAAAUUUUGCUUAUGACCCAUAUGUAAUGGAUCACUGGGGACUUGGUAUGUUGCUAUUUUGUAUUGUCUAUGCUAACGUUCCUUUUCAAUCUGCAUCAGCAAACGACCAUGGUUUCAGGGAGUUCAGAUUCAACCACAAUAGAUAUGCUGGAGAUCAUCCAUCUUUUAAAAAUAACAACGAUUAUACGAAGGGUCCAGGCACUGAAUUCAAAUGGGCUUCGCAAUUCAACAGUACAGGCGGCAGUAGGGUAGCAUGGAAACUAUGCGAUCCUUCUCCCUCUAAAAGAUAUACCUUAAAAAAUUUGUUCAAUGAUCCGUGGUUUCUAGGCUUAGAAAUGUGCAUAUAUGAGCAUCCUGAUCAAGACGUUAAUCCAUUUGUGUUACCGGGAACGGGAUCCAAUUCAGCAACAUCAUCAGCUGUAAGCUCGAGGGCUCCAACAAGAAAAAACACUUUGACCCAUAAUCAUGACGAAACUGAUUUUGGUUCAAGAACUCCUCCAAGAAGCAUGCUAGAUUUGACUGAUAUAAAGAAGGUUAAUGAAGUUGGUCAUGUAAGAAAAAAUGUGAGCAGUAAGGCUAAGGAUGAAAAAGAAAAAGAAAUUGAACAUGCAGUUGAAACAAAAAAGACCGAUGAAAUACGUGAAAGGCACAACAACAUCCCUCACGAUUCUUCCAAUCAUUCCCAGAAAUCAGCCUCAUCGUUGACACACGGAUCCUUCCCUUGGGAAAAUGUGGACUCCUCUCUGUCUGUCUGUCACUGUUCGCACAAGACUAAGGAUAUAAAUAAUUCGCUGGUAUCGAAUAAGGGCAGUCAAGGUGAAUUUUCGGAUAUCAUUCCGAAGAUAAAAUCGAUGUUAAAUUUUUCUGGUGAAAGUGAGAUUGAAUCUUCCCAGAAUGAUGCAAUGCUGUCAAAAGAAGAUCAAGGUCGUAUGAAAAACGGGAUGUCUGAUUCGUCUUCUAAUUGCUCAUCUUCAUGUUCAUCUAACUCACUGAUUCAGGUAAAUAAGUCUAACGAUCAAUCCGAUGAGAAGCUGGAGAAUAAGGUAGAUCACGAAGGGAAGCAAGAGAGCUCUAAUGAAGAUCAGGAUGCCUCAAGGUGUAACUGUCCCUGCCACAAGAAUGAGUCGAAAAUACGUCUGAAUUCUCUGGGAUUUCAACCGAGAGUAUUGAAGCCAUGUCCCGACAUACGAUUAGAAGAUGAUGGAACUUGCGAUUUGGGCUACAAGAUCAAGAAGCAUCAUCACUUAGAUGUAAGCUCGGUUGCGAUUUCAGGUUCUUUGACGAAACGUUAG